ACAUGCCUAUAACUAAAAGUGCUGUGGACUCUGUUUCUCCGAAUAUCAUUUGGGACUACCACGAAACCUCGGUAGUCAUGUCCACCUACCUGGUAGCAAUAAUUGUCGGAGACUUCACCAGAGUGCCGACCAGUGACCCGAGACAAUUCAUCCUGGUGAGAGACGAGGUCACCAACUUGACCAGAGAUGCCGCUGUUUUCGUUCCCACGAUCCUCAACGAAAUGGAGACCAGAUUGUCGACUCCAUUCCCACUGCCGAAACUCGACCAUGCGGGAGUCUUCGGCUUUAAUGGCGGCAUGGAAAACUAUGGACUCAUAUUUUAUGCGGAAACUGAUGUGGCCGGAAUUGACGGUUCAGCGUCCCUGACUUUGAUGGCACAUGAAACUUCUCACAUGUGGACUGGAAAUUUGGUGACGUGUCAGUGGUGGGAUGUUGCCUGGCUGAACGAAGGAAUGACUCACUUCUUCACCUACCUAAUAUCCGAAAAAGUUGACCCAAGCUUCCCGUACCUCGACUUGUUGGGCACCCAGCUGAUGGAUAAUGCCAUGGAUUUCGACUUGGAACCCACAGCACCGCCAAUGGUUGUACCAAUCAGUGAGCCAGCUGAUAUUGUCACGGGGUUUGCGGAAGAAUUGAUAUAUAAUCGAGGUGGUAAUAUUGGCAGAGUGAUGUACCUUCUGCUCGGAGACGAAAUCUUCAUGGAAGGCAUGAAGAACUACUUUGCUGAUAACCAAUUUCAAUCAAGAGGAACAUCUUUUCACUGCGCUCUGAAUAAUGCUGCUGAAGCUGCAGGACUAGGACUGAAAUAUUCAGUGUCUGAAUUGAUCACUCCGUUUUCGAAUCAGGCUGGAUUUCCCUUGGUGACUGUCACCAACACUGGGGCCAAGGUGAACGGAAAAUCCGUUUACUCAGUUUCCCAGAGACGAUUAUUGAAUGCGACGAAUAACGAACACGAUGACGACACAUUGUGGCCAAUUGUGUUGACGUGGGCCACGUCGUCAAAUCCCAACUUCGACGACAAGAAUCCGAAAACAUAUUUGACCGAAGCUUCGACGACAGUGACGAUCGACGGUGACGACGAUUGGGUCCUGUUCAACAAUCGACGUUCUGGGUAUUACAGGGUGAACUACGACACUGUGACAUGGAACAAAAUCUUGGAUGCACUGAAAACUUCUAGAGGAACAUUCCCAAAUACGAAUGUUGCUGCCAUCAUAUCAGACGGAUUACGAUUGUGUCUUUUGGGCUUGGUGGAUCCUGAUGUAUGCGAAAGAAUCCCAAAGAAUUUGAUGGACGAGAGGAGUUUGAUCGUCUGGCUGACCGCUGCCAAAAAUUUGCACAAGGCGAUCGCGAGAGUUGCAGACAAGACGGCAGAAUUGAGUCGAAUAAAGGAAAUUGUAAAAAAUGCCGAAUUCAAUGCCUUGAAAACCAGAGAGGCAAUGACUCCUGAACGCGAAAGCGUCUUGGAACUCCUGAGGAAUUUCUCAAAGCACCUGGAAGAACCAAAUGCAACCAGAGCAUUUUUUCACUGUGGCAGUGAUCCCAUAACCGAAAUGCAGCCAUUGCCUCUCUGCUCAAUUCCAAUGACGAAAACAGUCAAGGGGACUGUAAUUAUGCAUUUCGCAAAAGCGCUGAUUUGCGCUGUGUUGAUCACAGUGUCGACAAACGCGCAAAAUUUCCGUCUUCCGCUGAACGUCAUCCCGUCGCACUACGACAUCGAAGUGCAAGUGAAAUUAGACCCAGCUGAAGAUUUCACUUUCAGUGGAAUC